UCUGUAUCCACCUAACCUCUUUGAACGAAAAAGUUAAUUUAAUAAGACAAACUUAUUUACAUAAUUACCAUUGUGUCUCGUCAUUGUUAGCAUUGUGUUAGUGUGGUGAAGUGAUAGACUGGUAUGGAAAAAAGUUUAUACUUUCAACUUAUGUGAGCUUGGAUAUUAGCCUAGAAGUUUUGUUAGAAAAGCUGUCAUUAGUCUGUCAGUAAUGAUUUUGUCCCUAUCACCCACCAAUUAUUUAACUAGUUGUGUAAAUUACCCGAGAAGAAAUUCUUCAGAAGAAGAGUAAGGCAGUCUUUUUAAGAAGUAUAAUUCAGAUAAGUUUGCCUGAGCUAACUUACUAGUUUUCAACCAAAAUGGGAGCUCACUCAAAGGAGCUCUUUUCUUACAACACUUUAGUCCAUGCAUUAGCAGGAUCUUUGGGAAGUAUGGUGGGAAUGUCAACUUUCUUUCCACUUGACACGGUUCGGUCCCGACUCCAGUUGGAAGAAAACCGAGAAGCUAAGAAUACAUUUGCAGUCCUUCAGGAUCUUGUCAAAGAAGAGGGAUUUAUCACGUUGUACCGAGGGAUUGUUCCUGUUCUCCAAAGUCUGUGUGUGUCUAACUUUGUCUACUUCUACACGUUCCACGGACUCAAGGCGAUGUACUCACACUACACACAAUCAGCUGGACGGGACCUCAUGUUCGCCUCAGUCGCAGGUGUGAUCAAUGUGCUUACGACAACACCGAUGUGGGUGGUCAACACUAGACUGAAAAUGAGUGGGAUCGGCCACGGACGCAGCCCUUCUCGGCUCCCUAGGUAUAACGGGAUACUAGAUGGUCUGAGACGCAUCAGUCGUGAGGAGGGAGUGGGGGCGUUGUGGAACGGCACAUUACCCUCACUGCUGCUGGUGAUCAACCCGGCACUACAGAUGGCUGUGUAUGAGAGUAUCAAGAGACGUCUGGCUGGAUCAGAACUCAACACACUGGGGUACUUCAUGAUCGGAGCUGUGGCCAAGGCCAUCGCUACCACUCUCACGUAUCCGCUACAGCUGGUGCAGACUCGGCUCAGGCACGGCCACAACUACCGAGACCUCUCUCCAGAUGCGGGCAUGGUGGAACUCACUGUAUAUAUUUUGAAGAAGUUUGGCAUAGCCGGACUGUACAAAGGGAUGGAGGCCAAAGUGCUACAGACUGUACUGACAGCUGCUUUGAUGUUUGCUGUUUAUGAGAAGAUCGCCCAUUUUGUGUUCAAGAUCAUGAUGGUUCAACCAAGGGUGUGAGCAAGUUUUGUUUGGUACAAUUUUUUGAGAAAAUUUCAUAAUUUAUUUAAUAUAUGAAUUAUUUAAAGUUUUUUUUUCAACAAGAACCUGUACAAACCAGCGUGAUAUGUACAAGCCGUGAGUCUGCCAAAGUUAAUACUUGUAUAGACCGGGAGUUAAACGAAGGCUUAGAGAACAUUCAAAACAUUUUUGUUUCAUUAUACAGAGCAAAAUUUUAAAAAAUCUAAUUUUAGUAUUUCAGUGUUUCCAUUAUUGGGUUUUUAAUAUGGUGGCUGUGGCUAAAGAACCAUUAGAUCUUCAACAAGUUGAAUAUUUCAUUUAGGCUACUUAUCUCUGAUCAUUUACUCAUUUACUUUGCCUAAACUAUAAUCCUUGGUGUACUUAAAUAUUUUUAGUUGAAAUCGGUUUU